AAAUAUAUUAAAGACCAAAAAGAAACAUUUGAGUGUUAAAUAAAUCAAAGUGCCUGGCAAAACAUGUGUGGACUGGUCGACAACUCCACGUGCCCCGUGUAGCUGUAAAACUCCUUAAAUUUCGAAUUUCAGCAUGCGGGAUGCUCCGGAGCCCGAGUCGAGCAGCAGCAAUAUUAUCAACAAGCUGAAAAAUGCUAAGCAAGUGGAUAGCUCGGACGGAGAGAUCGACGCGUGCACCAUUUGCGGCACCAGCAAAUCUUCGUCCUCCGCUCUGCUAGAUCUGCGGGAUAACAGCGUAAUGCGGCGGCGUCUCAGCCGCGACUGGAAGCUGUCGGCAGAUAUAAUCAAGACUACGCUGCGCGCUAUAUGCGUGGAGUGCGUCUGCAAGCUGAACAUGCACUCGGAGGUAACGCGGACGUUGAUGCAGCGCCUGCAGCGCAUAGCGGACACAAACACAAGCAAGGCCGAGCGGCGGGAGUGCAGCCUGCCGAUAGCGGAUGCCGAGGUGUCCACAACUGGAGUGCCACUGCCACAGGAGGAGGAUAUUGGCACUGUGAGAACGGCUUCGUCUCCAUCCACCUCCAGUUCGUCCUGUUUGGUGCUGCAGGCCUACUCGGCGCAGCCACCCGAAUCGCCCUCGGCCACCGAAUCGGGUGGCCUGCGCAACAACAACAGCGGCAACGCCCUGGACGGCUGGAAGUGGCGCACUCGACUGGUUUGCCAGCACUGUGAGCGCGCCUACUUUCGCAAGGAUCACUAUACGCUGCACGUACGUCGCUGUUGGCGUCAGCAGACACAGCGUCGACCCAAGUGCAGAGUGCUCAACGAGGCGGGCAAGGACGAUGACGCGGAGGAGCAUGUGGACGUGACAGAUGCUGAGAAUGGGGAACCAUUGAGGCAGCAGACGCCCAAGCAUUCACGCACCUUUCAAUGCAAGAACUGCGACAAGGAAUUUGCCGGCAUCGUGGCACUGCGGCAGCACCAGCGCCUCACGCAUCAAUGCAGGCACCGCUGCAGCCUGUGCGAGGCGGACUUUGGCACAAAAUAUGAAUGGGAGCUGCAUCAUACGAUAUGCAGCGCAAAGCAGGAGGCUCUGUUCAUGCAAGAAUCUGCCACAAAAGCGCGCUCGACCCGUUCACGCUCGCGUGCCUGCUCCGUAGCCUGGUAUGAUGACUAUGAUGACGAUGAUGAGGAGGGCGCUGAAGAGGAUCAGCGGGAGAAUGACGACGAUGCCACCUCGGUGGCGGACACGAUGUACACAAGGCGCAUGAAUUUCACUGGCGAUUGGAUAGUGAAUCACAGUCGCAGCAAUAGCAAUAGCGCCUUAAAUCUCUCCAUGCUCUAUGAUGACUAUGUGCUGGAGGAGUCUCAAAUAACCACGGAUAAGGAGUAUGAUCUCUAUCUGCUGGAUCUGCUCAAGACCCAGGUGCAACUGAAGGCGUUCUCGUGCUUUGUGCCCAACUGUUGCUAUCAAACGGAUACGCUGGUGGAUCUCAUGAAGCACGACUACAUGCAGCACUGGAAGAUGAGCUGGUUCUAUUGUCAAAAAUGUGGCGACGUCUUUACCAGCAAGGUCUUCCUUGACUACCAUUUGCAUCGGCAGAACCGCGGCGUCUACAUCUGCCACAAGUGUCACGAUGAGUUCGAGUUCCAGCAUCAAUUGGAUCGCCAUCAGGUGCUGCACAGCAAGGGCAUCAAUUACUAUUGCAACUACUGCCGCCUGGAGUUUUUGAGCGAGGCCAAGCUGUUGGCCCACUGCGAGCAUGAGCGGCAUAGCCCCAACGACGAGCCACCUCUCAUACAUAUCGAGCACGAGCUGUCCAUCAACAAUCCGGUGGCCAAGGAGCCUGUCCAGCUGCCGCGCUAUACGGUGCGUGUGCUGAACAUACCGCACAUGCCUUGGAUAUCCAAUCGACCCAUGCAUUUACCGCACCACAAACCCUUUCGCUUUGCCAUCGGCAUCUGCGAGUUCGAUAAUCGCAAUCCGCCCAACUGCGUGGGCUGUCUGUAGACCACGCCCAUAUGGAUUUGAUUGAGCUGCCUGUACCUAAAUCUUUGUAUAUAUGUGUGGAGCAGCUUCGCCUGGGUA